AUUAAUCAGGGAGAGGGAUGAGUUGGUAGAUAUCUCUCUGUUGUGGUUGUGACUGUCAGCGUUUACCAAUUUCGAUACUCGUACUCGCAAAGCAACCUGCUUCAAAGCUACUCGAUUUGACUCGGAUUUUUCUUUCUAAAAUAAAUACUAGAAAUAGCGGAAGUUACGGAAAUGAACGCGGAAAUCGAUAUUGCUGAAAUAGAUCCUGCACUGGAAGGAGGAGCAGAAGCUGCCGAUAGGCCUGAACAGCCCCAAGCUAAAGUCAGAGCUACAAGCGUGAUGUACACGACUAUGGGACUCAGUAUGAUUAUUGAACCUGUGCUGUUUCGUCACAUGAUGAUCAUGACUGAGACUUUGAAAGUAGCAGCCAUAUUUUUCUUCGCUUUGAUAUACGUCUCUGCCUUAUUGAUUCUGAUAAUCAUGAUACUCAAGGCAUGCAAAAUGGUUCCAGAAUUUAGGCUCACCACUGUGGUUCAGCCAUUGAUCCCGCAUGUAAUAACAGUCUAUCUUGCUUUAGCUGCGGCGGAUUACUCGUGCAAGGAUGGCAAUCGAAUCAACUACACAUUACCAAUGUUUGAAUCGUGUUCCGAGAGAGAACAACCUGGGUCGGGUAGGUUGGAGACUGUCCCCAAGUUGAUCCCGAUUUCUCCAGUUGUUUCUGGCUGUUACCAAGGUAGAAAGAACGACAUUUCACCGGGGUUACGUAUCUGCAGAAUUCCAGAUUGCGUAAGUAAUCCAUGUGAAAACGGCUGGUGCGAGGAGACAAUCACAGGUUUCGUCUGCCACUGUCCACCUUUAUUCACCGGACGGUACUGCGAAGAGACAGUAACAACCCAGGUUGUGUUCGACUGCCCUCCAGACUUCAACCAUACGGUAGAACUUGGGAGUUUAUGUACGGCGGCGUACUGGGUUCCACCUAAAACCACCAACACAAUGGGUACACUCACCGUUAGAGCCAACCUCCAUCCUGGACACUUCUUUAAGAUUACUACUGAGACUGUGAAAGUCGGCUACACAGUUGGUGACGAGAGUGGAUGGGUUGACGAAUCUUGUUCCUUUAACAUCAACAUCCAUUACGUGGACACAACUCCGCCAGAUGUGAGGUGCGUUGAAGACAUCAUCACUUCUGUCGAGCUGGGUACUCCCAAUACCUCAGUCGCAUUUACCCAGCCAGCAGCUUCAGAUGUAUCUGGCAACGUGGCCCUUGUUUCACACAACCACGAAUCGGGGGACCAAUUCGUAGUUGGGUCAACCGUCGUCGAGUACGUGUUUACUGAUGAGAGUGGGAAUAAUGCAUCCUGCAUAUUCAAUGUGACCGUCAAUGCUGUUGAUACCACGCCUCCGAUGGUCACGCGGUGUCCUACAAACCAGACCAUUACGGUUCCUGUUGGAGAAUUCACCCAAGCUUCCACCUGGAGACCACCUGUAGGUAUGGAUGAAGCAGGGAUCGCAUCAAUUAUUCCUAGUCAUGAGCCUGGUAUGACUGUCACGGUUGGUAAUACCAUCACAGUCGUCUACAAUGUUACUGAUAACAGUGGACUAACCAACACCGAUUGUUCCUUCAACAUCACUGCUCGAUCAGCAGAUCCGAGCUGGAAAUGUUCAUCGUCGAAGUGCUACCAAUUACUUAAUGGUCUGUCUGAUUGGUACGAGUCCAAACGCCGUUGUAGUACAAUGAAUUCCGUCCUCACCCGGGCAGGAUUGAAGACGCCAUCCCUCCUAUAUUUAAGCUCUGAAGGCGAUUUCAAUCAAAUGCAAGACUUAAUCGUCCUGGAGCUUGUUUAUUACUGGAUCUGGAUUAAUUGUAACGAUAAGGUCGAUGAAGGGGUGUUCGUAUGCGAUGUUGAUGGCACAGGAACAGGAACACGAUUGCAACUAUUAAGUGAGUACGAUCCGGAAACUAUUAAGUGA